AUGCCAUCUACUAGCCAGGCCUCCAUGUCCAGUGGCAGCGGACCAAUCCCGCGGGCAUGCGACUCGUGUCAUAAGAAGAAGAUUCAUUGUGAUAGACGCUUACCGAAAUGUGACUGGUGCCUUCAUCAUGAUCUAUCAUGUACUUUCAAUCGUGUUCAUAAAAAUAUCCGAAUGAAAAGGUAUGGUAUUUUGAAUAUAUCGCUCCAGCGUCGAUCUAACUCACACAACAAAGAUUCCUCGGUCACUUCGGAACGCCUGGAAGUAAAUGUUCCAGGACCCAUCUUCACAGAUACGAGGUUGUCUUUAGGCAAGCCAUACCUGCCCGAUGGAUUCAUGCUGUCAUCACCCGCACUGAGAAAGCUAAUCGCAUCCUGUGCGGGUAGAAUGGACCUAGACCUUGAUAGUCUGAGAAGAUUUGGCCUUCCAUGGCAAUAUUCUCAUCCUCAAAACUCAGAAACUGUAAAUCAGGUUGCCAACGGAGCCACGAAACUUCCAAGCAGAUCGACUAUGGAGCAUUACGCUCGAAUAUAUUGUUCUUCAAUACACUUCCUAGUGUUUCCUGUUGUCACUUUUGACCUCUUUCAGCGGACUCUUGACCUUGUUUAUGGUUCCAAGAGUAUCAAAGAUUAUACUGGUUCAGCCAGCGCAAAAGCAGCAAUUUAUUCGUUCUUAUCCAUUCUAACAAUUGUUGGGUUCACGAAAGGAAAUGCAUCCGAGGGUCCCAGCUGUGAGUUUUACGCAGCUAAAGCCCAAUCGUACCUGGUUGAUAUCAUUCAAGAGGUGACCAUGGACGGCCUUCAAACUCUUACAACUCUGAUCCUAUCUACAAUAUUUUCUGGAGAUUACAAAAAAGCGGCAAUGUUCGUUACAAUGGCUUCUCGGAUUGCAUACUCCUUGGGUGGCCAUAAGAAUCCCUUUGAAUCACAGCACAAUGAAGCCCAGGCGCAUCCCCGUAUCCAUGAUACAAGUCGCCCUGAAUGCCAUAUACGUAACUUAUUCUGGCUUUGCUAUACUUUUGAUAAAGAACUGGCGCUGCGAACCGGUCAGCCACCAUCAAUAAGUGACGACAACUGCGACCUUACUCUACCUCCGGGCUAUAUUGAACUACAAAAUUCCAAUAUAUGUUGCCCUGAUGUCGUCAUUGAUAACACCACAGUGCCCCUAUACCCAUGGGAUCCUCGACUCUCAGUUAUCAAAUCUAGAACCUACAAAUUACUCUACUCCGAGAGUGCAAUGCGGAAAUCAAAGUCAGAAAUAAUACAGCAUAUUCGAGAACUAGACCACGCUCUUGAGCAAUGGCGAAUGUCUCUAAGUCGUGAAUUUCGACCAACACUCACAUUUUCCGAAGAUACACUUUUCCCUUCGGCGCUGGCUACGCAACCGGUAAUGCUUCGUUUGGCAUAUCACCAUUGUAUGAUUAUUAUUCAUAGUGCUAGCAAUAGAUGUCGCGCCUCUUUGGUGAAGGGUCUUGAUCUGCAAGAGGUUGGCGUCGCAUCGAGCUUGGGACUGAGCGUUGAGGCGUCGAGGUCAUCCCUCUUAUACCUCCAAGCGGCUUUGCCAAAUAUUGCUGGAGAAUGUUUCUGGGUGAUUUUGUUUUACGUUGUCUCCUCUAUUGUCACCAUUUUGGGACAUAUGAUCUCCAAGCCCCGUGAUCCUAAAUCAGCUUCCGAUUUCAAAUUGUUGAUGCAGGUGUCGGAUAUGGUGCAGAGCUUUCCUGUAACAGAACUGUCAGCCGCCGAACUGAUCCAGAUGCAGCUGCACGUGAAUUUGGAGUCCCUCAAAAACAACUCUCCCGACGGAUCAACGGCACACCCUCUCGCUCAACACGGCCACCAACGAACUGAUUAUUAUCGCUUGAUCAAGAAAAAGCGCUUUUGCUGUAAAUGCAAAAUAUUUAAUCCUCAGAUUUUACUGGUUAGGGAACGCCACGGAGAGCCGGCAAAGAUUGAAUAUACGAUCAUCUCAAACAUCUACCAGAAAAUUAGCAACGGAUUGUUCAACGACCUCAAGAAAUUGAUUGUUGAACGAUGGUUUAUUGAUCUCAAAAUUGUUAUGGAUGACCUUAAAAUCACCCUCAAGAAUCUUUACAACUUUGACGAGACCGGAUUCAUUGUUGGACAGGGAGAAAAGGAAGCAGUGGUUACAGCAUACCCAAAAACGUUACAAAGGAUUUCUAGCCUGUCUUCUCGAGAAUCUCUUACUGUUGUUGAGUGUAUAAACGCUGAAGGAAAGAUUAUACCACCUUUAAUCAUCCCAUAA